AUGCCUAAAUACGCUAAAAGAAUUCAAAAAACCAAAAAUAUUUUUGCUAGCCUUCUUGCCAGAACUGCUGCGCAUAUAUCAAUAGCUACUACAAGUUAUUCUGAAAGAACAAUCAAAAUUACUGAAGAACCAACUUCAAGAGGUAAUAUUUCACAACAAGGCGAUG